UCUUAAACAGUAACGAAUUUUAUUCGAAUCAAGAGCAACGUCUUACGCCAAAGAGACUUUCCUUUUGCUCUAUAAUCUCCCCUUCUUCGAUAUUUAAAGGCUCUGCUCUCUCUGUCUUAGUCAGUGUUGAGCCCGAGAUCAAUUGACUAAGGUCUCAUUUGUCUACAUUGAUUCGAUUAAUAGGUUAUUCGCCGAGCUUUCGAACGUAGCAAUCGGUAGCGUUUGUCGUCCUCGGCUACCGUAGUAGCACAUCCGAGCACAGCAAUGCGUUUUUUGAUCUUAUUGCCACUCUUGGUGGCUGCAGUUUAUGCCGCACCGCAAUAUCGUCAACAACAAGAUUCGAUCACCAGGGAGCAAUGGGCCACCUUGAACCCGUACGGAACUCCAAAGGGGUACCCUGCUGAAGAAUAUUCAACGAUUGAAGAGUUGGAAAGGCAAUGGGCACGUUUUUAUGACUACCUUCCCUGGCUUAAGGGACCUGCUGGACCAGUUGGACCACAGGGACCUCCAGGUCCACCUGGAGCUGUAUCGUAUGGAUCCAGCGACUAUGCCCAACCAAAGGCUAUUCCUGGCCCUCCUGGAGCACCUGGCGUGCCAGGACCAGCUGGGGCUAAAGGAGACACUGGAGCUCCUGGAGCUCCCGGUUACACUGGUGCACCUGGACCACAAGGUUCAGCUGGAAAACCUGGAUCAGCUGGCUAUCCCGGAGAAAAGGGAACACCAGGAUACAAUGGAGGUCCUGGAGCUCCUGGUAAAUCAGGAGCUAAAGGUGAAAGGGGAGACUCUGGUUACAAUGGCGCAGAUGGACUUCCUGGUGCUCCAGGAGCUCCUGGAAAAGAUGGCUAUCCCGGAGCUCCUGGGCCCGCUGGUCCUAAGGGUGAAGCUGGCCCACCAGGCUACGCACUUCCAUCCAAAAUCCCUGGUCCACCCGGCCCACCUGGCUACCCUGGCAAAGAUGGAGCUUCAGGCUAUCCUGGUGGCCCCGGACCCGCAGGCCCAGUUGGACCAGCUGGUUUGGAAGGACCUGCUGGCAAACCUGGCGCGAAUGGCUAUCCUGGUGGUCCUGGUCCUAAAGGCGAAGCCGGAGCUAAUGGCGCCCCAGGUGCUCCCGGCAAAGAUGGAUAUCCCGGAGCAAACAGUAAAGUGCCCGGCCCUCCUGGACCUCAAGGACCUGCUGGCCGCCCUGGUUACAACGGUGCUCCAGGCAAAGAUGGUCUGCCUGGCGCUCCUGGUGCCCCUGGUAAAGACGGACUUCCCGGCACUCCUUCAUACACAGCUGGCCCACCUGGAGAACAGGGAAGACCAGGCAAAGAUGGAUAUGCUGGCCCAGCAGGAACUCCUGGUUAUCCGGGUGGCCCAGGCCCCGUCGGACCGGAAGGUAAACGUGGCGCUCCUGGAUACCCUGGUGCUCCAGGAUCAGCUGGUGCUGUAGGCCCUGUAGGUCCAGCUGGACCCCAAGGUAAAGUAGGAGCUCCAGGCUAUCCUGGCGGUCCAGGGCCAGCUGGACCCGUUGGGCCACAAGGCCUACAAGGUAAACCCGGUGCUCCUGGCUACCAGGGACCUCAAGGGCCUCAAGGACCCAUUGGUGCUUCUGGAAAGAGUUACGAAGCCCCCCAGCCUGAGUACAAAACGCCUCCUGUUUAUGAAGCCCCAUCUUCCGUUUACACAACUGUUGCCCCAGUCUACAAAACACUUGCCCCAGUUUACGAAAUCACGACCCCAGUCUACGUAGCCCCAGUCUACGAAGCCCCUACUCCAGUCUAUGAAGCCCCUGCCCCAGUCUAUGAAGCUCCUGCCCCAGUCUAUGAAGCUCCUUCCCAAGUCUAUGAAGCUCCUGCCCCAGUCUACGAAGCCCCUGUCCCAGUCUAUGAAGCCCCUGCCCCAGUCUAUGAAGCUCCUGCCCCAGUCUACGAAGCCCCUGCCCCAGUCUACGAAGCCCCUGCCCCAGCCUACCAGCCCCCUGCUCCGGUCUACCAGCCCCCUGCUCCGGUCUACCAGCCCCCUGCUCUGGUCUACAAGCCUCGUGCCCCCGUUUACAAAGCACCUGCAGUUGAGUAUGAACCUCUUCCUCCCGUGUACAAAGUUUCCGUACCAGUGACUGAGGCACCGGCCCCAGUGUACGAAAAGCGAGUCCUGUUCUCUAGACCAGGAAUCAGUCAUCGCUAUUAGAUCUACUGUCGUUUUAGAAGACAUUUUUCUUUUAAAACUGGUUUGUUGGUUAUGUUCAUUAUUUAAUUACAGUUCUUUGUCCACUUUUUCUCAUUCCUAAUUAAUUGCCAAAGCCAUAUGCGCAAGUCUGUCCGGAUUCCCUGAACAAUGAAAGUAACCUUGGUCCAUAAAGAAUUUAUAUGCGAGUGCGAAUGUAUGGUGAAGGACAAAUACAUAUUCUAUAUUUUA